CCUCGCCACAACUGCUUUGGCCCAAAACCCUCGGCGCUCCACGCGCCGCGACCAUGCCGCCUCCGCCGCCGGCGUUGCUGGACGAGCUCGUCGAGGAGAUCCUCCUCCAUCUCCCGCCGGACGAGCCCGCGUCCCUCCUCCGCGCCUCCCUCGUCUGCAAGCGCUGGCGACGCCGCCUCUCCGACCCCAGGUUCCUCCGCCGCUACCGCGAGCUCCACGGGGCGCCGCCCAUGCUCGGCAUCAUAUGCACCAUGAACGAGCUCCGCCAACGCGGAUCCAUCUACCUCGUCGCCCGGUUCGUCUCCAACACCGGAUUCCGACCUUCCCCCGUCGAGAUCGAGGGAUUCUCCGUGCUCGACUGCCGCCAUGGCCGCGUGCUCCUCCAUUACCAGUCCUUGUUCGUGAACGAGAAACCCGACCUCGUCGUCUGGGACCCCCUGACGGGCAGCCAGAGGAGGCUUCGACAGCCCGACGUCCAGUGCGAGACCUGCAACGCCGCGGUGCACUGCGCCGCCGCCGAGGGUUGCUCCUGCGACCACGGCGACUGCAGCGGAGGCCCAUUCCGGAUCAUCUUCGUCUGCACCGACACCGACAAGCCGGGGGUCGCACUGGCGUUCGCGUAUUCGUCAGUGACGGGCGAGUGGAGCGCCCCGGCGUCCCUUCCCCUCGGCGCCGACAACGUCGAAUUAGAGGAGUGGCCUGGUUCGCCUGGCGUCCUUGUCGGGGACGCGCUCUACUUUUUGCUUGCUGGGCGUGCCGGAGUUCUCAAGUAUGACUUGGGCAGGCAUUGCCUAUCCGUCAUUCAACUUCCAAUGCCGACGGCUGCUGACAACUUCCACUAUGCCGGACCCUAUCUUGUGGCCGCAAAUGAUGGUGUGCUGGGGCUUGCCUUUAACAACAUGUUUACACUCAAGUUGUGGUCGAUGGAAGCUUGUCGCGAUGGAGUUGCCACAACAUGGGCACAUCAUAGAGUCAUCCACCUCAACACAUUGCUCCCCACUGAAGAUCCCGCAAUCUCGUUGGAGAUUGCUACCUUUGUGGAGGGCACUCAUAUGGUUAUUGUGAUCACAGAUCUUGAUUACUACACGAUUGAUCUCAAGUCACUGCGGUCGAUGAAGCUGAAGCUGCCCGAGAGCGAGAGAAAAUCGAUGAGACCGACUGGGAGAAGAAAAUGUUUUGGCAUCUUUCCGUACAUGAGAUUUUACCAUCCACCAGGGCGUCUUGUGUAUCAUAGCACAGAUGCUGAUGAACCGGAUAAUGCUGGGCUGGGACUGCGACUUGCUCGGAACUGAUAUUCCUUUAGGAUGAGACAGCGGCUCUGCUGACUGCCGAUGGCCCUGAAGAAAAGGGAGAGAAUCGCUCGAAUGGAUCGUCAGCCACUUGAUGCGCCAUUGGAAGGAUCAGCGUGUGUCUUGAAGAAUACAACUGAUGUGCUCUAACCGAUCCCUUUUGGUUUUCAGAAGGCAGUGUAGCCAUGUUCUGUGUGUUUGAUGAUGCCUGGAAAGUGUGAACUUGAACAACCUGGUUUGUUUGUUUGUUUGGGAGAGGAAAUGGAACCGGGACCUGAGGUACUUUUGAACCUAAAAUUGAAGAAGAUGAUGAUUCAUAUUUGAAGGCGAGUAUGUGCAAGCUGUCCGUUUAUACCUCGUGAUUGUACAGAGCAACCACUGGAAACGUUACAUGUUGCAUUCCAGCAUUCUCUAUUAAUCCUGAAAUAUUAUUAAUUCCAUUCCAGGAUGUUGCAUU